AUGGCUCCUCCUUCUCCUUUAUCAAAGCAAAAAUGUUAUUGUGGACUCCCUGUUGCGCGUUUAACUUCGUGGACAAGAGAGAAUCCUGGGCGCAAAUUUAUAGCUUGCCAAAGGUAUGAUCCAGUUACAGAAACAAGGGGAUGCAAGAAAUUUGAGUGGCUGGAUGAGGAAGAUUGUGUUGAUUGGCAAAGGAAUGUCACGAAUGCUUUGUUAUUGGAUAAGAAGUUGCUAAAAGUGGAAGUGAAUGCAUUGAAGAGUGAAGUUGAUGAUUUGAGUGGGCAAAGAAGGUGCCUGUUGAAUGAAAGUGACAAUCUGAAGCUCAAGUGUAAGGCUCUUAUGUCUGAAGUGAACAAACUGAAGGAGGGGAACCACAACACACUUGGGAAGCUCAACCACAUUGCCAUUGCUGCUGCUGUGUUGUGUAUGGUAUUUGUAAUGUUUUUCAAAGCUUAG